GUCAGGCAAUACGUGAGCGGGCAACACAUCAGCAAAGAGAGAGAGGGAAAGAAAAUAAGGUAACAUAACUCUGGUUAGACGUGCGAUUAUUCAUCUUGACGUGUGCGUGCUCCAUGUUCAUCACGUGCUGCAAACCGCCAUAUUUAAACACUACAAGGACGGUCAUAUUGUCCAAUAACAACUGGAGAGGGGAGAGCAGACAUUUUUUUAUUGGUAAACACACCGAAGCUGGCAGUGCUGAAUAAUUCAGCAGUAGCUUACUCGCUAACAGACUGGCGCUGAGCAGACGUCAUCGAUUGCUUCAAUAUAUCGAUCACCAGUCCUCCUCCUCCUCACCACAGCCUGCUUCCUCUUCCUUUCUUCCUUCCUCCUACCUGUCUCCUCUCUUCUCUCCUUCAUCAUCGACUCCUUUCGGUGCUCUUCACCUUUCAUCGGCAGCUGUUCUGGAGUUUUCUUCGCUGCUUGCACCACUCCCCUAGCCCCUCCCGUGGGCAGAUGCUGGUCGCUGGGUUACCUCUUUGCCCUGCAGGUUGACGCAGCAGUCGCCGUGCUGUACUGCGGAUGCUGCCGUGCUGCACACGGUCCUUGGCGGCCUUGCUUUGCGUGCAAUUAGACCAAAACCGAUGCCGUGGAAAUGCCAGAGUUUCGUGCCCCUGCUUUUCUAAGCUGCCGCUGCCACUCCUGCUGUUAUCGUCUACCUCCAAGCGGCUCUGUGGCCGCCUCGCCUGUGACGACGACGACAACUGCAGCCGGCGGCGCGCGCACAGUGUGUAGUGGCUGUGUUGCUGGCCCGAGUGGCGAAGCUGUGUUUUCACUCAGCUGCCAUCCUUCCAGUCAUCGCUGAAGCUGUCAUCAUUUAAGUCAUCGCUGAAGCUGUCAUCCUUUCAGUCAUUGUUGAAGCUGUCAUCUGGUGUUCGAUGUGUGGUGGGUUCCAGCAGCUGGCGAUGUUCUAACUGUUGGAGAGGCCCUCGACAACAAGAUGAGUGAAUGGGGAGUGGCACUGGUCGUGGUGCUGCUGCUGGCGGUCGUGGCUGUCGCCGUUGCUGUUCUCGUUCGUCUGUUCGGCGUUUAUCACCUGGCGCACUGCUUCGCCAGCGACGAGGAGAGGGCCGUGCUGACCAAGAGUGAGCAGACCGGCAAUGGCAUGCUCGUCAACUCAGAGAGUUCGGAGUUCGUGUUGGACACAAGCGGGAAAUUUGUCCAGUAUGACACGCUGAACUCUGACCCCAAGUACAUGAACAUAGACACAGAAGGGGGCCAUAACUUCGGACAUCAUGAAGACAGUGCCCGAAGCAGCCCUGUUUCCAUUGGCAACAGUUCUGCAGCAUCCGAUGUGGAGUUUGGCCUGGGCAUCCGGCGAGCCGAGUCAUGUGACAGCGUGGCCUCCGACUCCUCCGUCCUGGACCUGCAGCCCGACAUGCCGAGGAUUGGACAGGUGGAGUUCGCUCUCGAGUACGACAGAGAGGUGUCGGAGUUAGUGGUCAGUAUCUUCCAGGCACGUGACUUGCCUCCCAACCCUUACAGUGGAACACUGGACACCUACAUCAAAGGCGUCCUCCUCCCAAAUUCAGACGACAAGUUCCAGACAAAAACUAUAAAAAACACAACAGACCCUGUAUUCAAAGAACGGUUCCUGUUCAGUUUGGAACCUGACGAGCUGCUGGGACGUGUUCUGAACCUUCAGGUCUACGCCAUCGACAAGUACGCUCGUCAGAAAGUCAUCGGAGAGGCCGACAUCAGGCUUGGCGACCUGGACCUCAGCAUGGCCAUCAAGAUGUGGCUCAACCUCAGGGAUAUUGAUGAGAAACCUACAGAAUACGGAGACAUCUUGUUCUCCCUGAGUUAUCUGCCCACAGCAGAGAGACUGACUAUUGUCAUCGUCAAGGCCCGCAACCUCAAGUGGAGAGAAGGCAGGAACACGGGAGACCCUUUCGUAAAGGUGUACCUGCUUCAGAAUGGGAAGAAAAUCAGCAAAAAGAAAACAACAGUAAAGCGAGGAGAGCGAAAUCCAAUUUACAACGAGGCCAUGAUCUUCUCCGUGCCCGCGGCUGCCUUGCCGACAAUACAACUACGUAUCACUGUUGCUGAGCUCCUGCCUGAAAACAAGACACCAUCCCUGGGUCACGUGAUAGUUGGUGCCAACACGUCUGGAACCGAGGCGUCUCACUGGAACCAGAUGAUGACGUCCUUACGCAAGCCAGUGGCUAUGUGGCACUACUUGCGCAAAUAACAUGAAAGCAAGAACUGGUUUGUUGUAAACAAGGUCUUUUCGCUGUCCAUAAGGCUUUGGGAAACAUUGCGUAACAAGCAUGUCAGCCACGGCACCUGCUGUGCCUGACGAUGAAAAUCAGUUGCGAGGUUUUUUCCGAUGAGCGACGUGAAGGCCGUUUCCUGGCCGAGACGUAGGUCCAGAGCACCCACCAGCACGUGCGUUGACGUGCAUGGGCUUGGUAUGACAUACUUCUCUCUUGGCUGAUGACAGUCGUGACGAUGAUACAGUUGGUCUUGAGUGUUGUGCGCAUAUCAAACACUGUUGACCGUUUUUGGUGCUGGUUGUCUAAAACGCUCUUCUGUCAUUGUGUGGAAAAAAUACAUUUACAGUGUUGGUAUAUAAGAUCUUAUCGUUCAUUUCCUGACACUCACCCCAGCCCUGGCUUCGCGUAACGAAGAGUUUUAAAAUAAUUUUUAAAAAUGUUUUGCAACUAAGCACUAGGUCGAAGUGUACGAUUCGCACUUCCCCUAUCGCUAGGCCGGUAUUUUUUCAAUCCUUGAUACCCAAGUCGGUGUUCACCUCGCCUACCCCUCCUGGCAUCUUUCCCCUCUGACCUCUGUUUGGCUGUGCACUUUCUGCUAUAUACAAUCAACUCAAAAGUUCCACAAGCUUACAACACUCUGUACUGCUUCAUCAAGCAUGAUCUCAGGCAGAACACAAACAUUUUCAGAGUAGAUAUGUUAUCUGGAAACUACCGUUAGUCCAGAGCCUAUCAAUGUAAAUUUAAAUAGAUAACAAAAUGAGAAAUAGAUGAUUGGAAAAGAAAUACUAAUUAGGAAAAUCGUUUACUUUUCCUGUGAAAGGCUUGUCCACAAAGGCAGAAAAGAGGACAAGUUAAUUUUUUUCUUACAUAUUUGUAACCAAUUUAAAAUAUCAUAUUGUUCAACAUCACUUGCAUAAUUUUUUUUAAUGGUUAUAGCACUGAGAUUGAAACAUCUUUAAUAGAUAUGGAGAUUUACACAACUUCUAUGAAUUAAAUGGCCACCUAAGACUCUCCAUGUUAUCAGCUGUUGAAUUCCACUCUCGAUGUCUUGUAACAAUUUCCAUCUGUGAUUUUGUUGUGUAUACUGUUAUGUAUUUCAAAUAUAUACCUAAUCAUAAAAGGCAUUAUCUUGUUGGAGGCACUUUAAUGGACUUCGGAUAUUGUUACAAAGGACCACCAUGCAAAAAAUAUUAAUGAUGUUGCCCAUUCACAUUUCAAUUUAUUUCAGUAGAUCAGACUUGUGCUUUCAAUAUUAUGUAAAUCUGUAUGUUUUCCAUUUCACUUAAAGCAAGUGAAUGGUUUAUGUUGAUAAAAUACAGAUAUCAUUCCUGAA